ACGAAAUUACAAAAAGAGGAGGAAAUAAAAAAUCCCGAAGCCGGGGAAGUUACAAAAAGGUCUUCCAAUUGGUAGGAAGAUAAGAUAGACUAUAAGUAUUGUGAGGAGCAUAAAAUUUACACCAUGAGAGAGCAACAAAAAGACAUAAUCCAUGAAGCUUCCAAAAGGCUUGUCUUUAUUGUUGAAGAACCCUAUUAUUCCUUCCAAGCCACAAAAGCCAAGCUGAUGCUCUCACCAAAGAAAUUAAGCCAUAAAAAUUAUUUAUCCUUCGUAAAAGGGUGGCCUUCAAGGGAAAGAGAGAGCAAGCCUUUAAACGUCACUGGGGAGAACAGCUUGCCAACAAAAACAGUGCUGAAAAUAUGACCAAAGAGCAGAAUCAAAUGAACAUAAGCUGAAGAGAAAAACUUGAGUUCCAUCCUUUUUCUUGCAUAAAGAACACCACCCCAUCAAGAGAGAAACAAAGGACUCCUUUUCUGGACAACAACAUGAGUGUUAAUGAUGCCAUGAGAGAGUUCACUAAGGAAAAAGUCACUGGAGACAUUAACAGCACAAUUAUUUAAUGUAACGGAAGACUGACUGCAAAUUCAUCCAUUACAGUUUAAUAUACCAAAUGUAGCUUCCCCUCUUUUACCAGUUGUCAGGAUAUUCACAAUGCACUUCGCCUGAGAACAAUCAGAGCCAUUGCUUCUCCUUGCUAUGCACCAUUUAGGAUCUUGACAAAGUGAUGUGCAAAUAUCAAUGCAAAAACUAGGCACUCAAGUUAAAUAGCUAAAAAGUUUUGGUAAUAAUAGGGUCUCUCUUUUACUUAUAUCCUGUACUAUUUAGCAUUCCUUUGCAACUGUAAGUUUUAGCUGUACCACGGUAUCCGUGCUUAAGAUUUUUUUUGAGUUCACUGAUAGCACUAACGACCAACAAAGUUCCUUAGCUGGAAUCUUUUCCACUAAAGCAAAAUGUAGCAGACAUAGCCAUUAAAUGCAAUUCAAAUUUUGUUCCACCAAAGAACAACAAGGGUUUGAGUGAUGUCCUUGAUCCUAUUAAAAUUUUAGAGAUUUACUCAACUCACUUCUCCAGUUGUUAUUUGGAGACCAAAGUAGGCCAUGAUGUUUCUCCACAAAGCAUACAAAAUGCCCAUAUAUCACAUGAUAUUGAAAUUCUCAUAAUGGCUUGGUAAGUCACAUCCAUGUGAUAGGUCAUGAACUAUUGUCUCUCUAGCAUUGAAUCUCAUAUUUCUGCCUUGUCAACGUCUUUAUCUCUGAGAAACCAAAGACUAUCAUCUAUAUAAAAGGUCGUGUAAUUGGGUUCAGAACCAACAAGAGUCUUCCAUAUUUCAAUUAUCAAAAUAAUUUUCCAAGUUCGGUGAUCCUUUCAGAAUCUUUUUUGAGAAAUACCAUACCAUCAUGGGUUUCCGUUUGCCUAGUAUUGUUCAUGCUAAGCAAAGUCUUCGACGAUCUACGUCAACAGGAAAUGGAGCAUCUCCAAAAGCUGUAGACAUUCCAAAAGGCUACUUCACAGUUUAUAUUGGCGAGGAACAAAAGAAGCGUUUCGUCAUCCCGCUAUCUUACUUGAAUCAGCCUUUAUUUCAAGAUCUGUUGAGUCAAGCAGAAGAAGAAUUUGGAUAUGAUCAUCCAAUGGGUGGCAUCACAAUUCCAUGUAGUGAAGAUACUUUUCUCAAUCUCACUCAGAUGAACCAGAGGGAUUGAUAUCUGAAAGUAGAUAGUAUGGUACAGAAAGAGGAUUAGAAUAGUACAAAAUGUAGAUGAUAAGCAUUUUUGAAAUGAGAGAACUUGAUUCUUUGUAUUGAA